CAGUGGUCUGACUCCGCCCCCGGCUCGAGGGUUUUGUAAAGGGUCACGUUGCGCUGCAGCAGUGAAACAGGAGACUCCUCCGCAUCCUCAGCACCCAGCACACCUGCCCUACGCGCGCCCAGACACCCAUCAGCAGCCACCAUGACUCACCAGUACCCCGCACUGACUCCUGAGCAGAAGAAGGAGCUGCAGGACAUCGCUCAGAGGAUAGUAGCUCCAGGAAAGGGCAUCCUUGCAGCCGAUGAGUCCACCGGCAGCAUGGCGAAACGUUUCAACCCCAUCGGGGUGGAGAACACAGAGGAGAACAGGCGUCGCUACCGCCAGCUGCUCUUCACAGCCGACCAGCGCAUCGACAGCUGUAUUGGCGGGGUCAUCUUCUUCCACGAAACCUUGUACCAGAAGACAGACGACGGCACUCCAUUCGCCAAGCUCAUCAAAGACCGCGGCAUGGUUGUCGGCAUCAAGGUGGACAAAGGUGUUGUGCCCCUUGCUGGAACAAAUGGAGAGACCACCACUCAGGGUCUGGACGGGCUGUCUGAGCGCUGCGCACAGUACAAGAAGGACGGUGCAGACUUUGCCAAGUGGCGCUGUGUGCUGAAGAUCAGCGAGACCACUCCAUCCGAGCUGGCCAUCUUUGAGAAUGCUAAUGUUCUGGCACGAUAUGCUAGCAUCUGUCAGCAGAAUGGUAUUGUUCCUAUUGUGGAGCCUGAGAUCCUUCCCGAUGGAGACCAUGACCUGAAGCGUUGCCAGUACAUCUCUGAGAAGGUCCUAGCUGCAGUGUACAAGGCUCUGUCAGACCACCAUGUGUACCUGGAAGGGACCCUGCUGAAGCCCAACAUGGUCACAGCCGGACACUCCUGCCCCAACAAAUACAGCAGCGAGGAAAUCGCCAUGGCUACCGUCACUGCCCUGCGCCGCACCGUGCCUCCUGCCGUCACAGGAGUGACAUUCUUGUCAGGUGGCCAGUCUGAAGAAGAGGCCAGCGUGAACCUUAACGCCAUUAACACCUGUCCGCUCGCCAAGCCUUGGGCCCUGACUUUCUCCUAUGGCCGUGCCCUGCAGGCCUCCGCCCUGAACGCCUGGAGAGGAGAGCUGAGCAACGAGAAGGCCGCCACCGAGGAGUUCAUCACACGUGCUGAGGCAAACGGUAAGGCUGCACUCGGCAAGUACGAGUCUUCUGGAUCUGGUGGCGCCGCUGGAAAGUCCCUCUACGUGGCUAACCAUGCCUAUUAAACAUCUAACUACCACAUUUAACUGUGGUCUUAUUGUAGUCUUAUAUCUGCUCUGCUAUCACCCCCUCACUCCUCCAUCAAUCACAGGCCUGCGCUGUCUACUGUACUUUAGAGUCGUCAGAGUUAUUACAAAGAUAUUAUUAGAUAUGUGUAUUUAAAAACAUAAUGUGAAAUUACUAAAGGGAACAGGCUUGGUUUUCCUUCUAUUUAAUCAAACAAAUCAAGAGACAAUUAUGACUUAAGUGGAAAACUAAUUUAUGUGUCCGUAACAGUUCGAGGGCUCUAGAGACAUGAAGUAAGAGGCUACAAACCUUUAACCACAGAUCAAGAUAAUCAGUCAGUAUUCAAUUCAUGCCUCUUCUUCACUCUAGUCUUGAGCCACUCCCAAGCAGGUCAGACCAGCAUGCGUGUGUCGGUGUUACGCUUUUGUCAGACGCAGUGAUUGCUCAUCCUCAAAAACGCUAUACUAACAUCCUCCCUGACAGCGGGACCAACCGAUUAUCAGCGGCACGUCCGUUAAAGGACACGACGGCAAGAGUUGUUAAGAUUCAGUGGAUCUUUUCAGUGCUCGUACUUUCAGACAGAUCCAGCAGAGGUCAGUAGACCACAACACACCAGGAUUCAUGCUAACGAUUUCGUCUCUUAACCUUUCUGUUCACACGCUUCUGAUCACCACUAAUCCGCGGUACAUCUUGUGCGUCUACUCUCAGUAUAACAUUAGCUUUCAAGUACAUACAGUAAUUAAUGUAUUCAGUUGUGUGAAGGUGUCGAUAUUAUGUGAUGCUUGUGUGUCAUCCCCCUCCUGAUUCCCCCCCCCCCAGCACACCCCCACAGGUAGAGGAGAUGGUUUCUAUAAACACUAUGUGGACCAAUAGGUGGGGUUAGCAGCGGGGAGGGAAGCAGUCACUGUGUUGGACUACUGUGAUGUGUGUGAUGUUAAUAUUGUUCUUGAAGCACUUGGUGUGUCAAAUAGUGGAGAAAAAUAAAAUAAACUUGAAAAACUAGCAAAGA